UAACUUUUUAUCCACUUUUCAAUUGUUCUUUGCAGCGAUUUCAUCACAUCGUUGUCUCUUUUGAAACAUGUCAACAAAUCAAGCGCGAACGAAUCUCGGCCCUCUUACUACUACAGCUACACUUCCUUCGUCAUGUCAGGUACCUGUUGAGCAGUGCUCAACAUGCAGUGAAGCUUGGGGAGCACAAACAUGCUUUGCUAGCACGAUAGAUAGCACUGUCGAUUAUGGUGUGCAGGACAAUACCGAUUGUUGGCCAUCGACAACUUCCUUUGUGGCUACACCACCAAUUCCACUGCAAGGAUGGGGAUUCUACUCUCCUGGUCUGGUAUGUCCAAGUGGGAUGUACUCUGCAUGUUCUGCCACUGCGUCAAGGUCGUCGGGGUGGCCGGUUCAAUUUGGAUUGUUAAGUGGGGAAACUGCAGUUGGAUGUUGUCCUAGUGGUUAUACCUGCGCGAACGGUUAUGCGCAAACAUGCUUAACAACAGCAUCUCAAACGAGCUUUCAAGUCGUAUCUUGUCAAUCGGGGUCCACAGGCCUCUUCACCUACCUCACUCUUCCUCAAACCCUCACUUCUACCGUCGGCAGUUCCGCAUCCGUAUUCUUACAGGAUCAAUACGUUCUGUCGGCGCCCCUGAUACAAAUCAACUGGCAGUCCUCUGAUCGAAUAAGCUCGACGACAUCUGGCUUUGGCUCGAGUAGCCCAACAUCCACAUCCUCCUCACCAGCAUCACAAACUUCCUCAUCCAUCUCAACACAAACUUCCACACCCUCAUCAGGUUUGUCGACGGGAGCAAAAGCUGGCCUAGGAGUCGGCAUAGCAGCAGUUGUUCUAGCAUUCGUAGCACUUGCAUUCUUCAUCUACCGAAAAAGAAAGAAUGCUUAUGCACAAACAGGACAAGACUCACCGCCCACCACGCAACCGUUAUAUGAGAUGAAUGGAGGGAAGAAGGAUUAUUACAGUGGGCAGGCGGAAUUGCCGAGUGAGAGAUCAGUCUGGGAACUUCCUCCGAAGGACAACAAACCGCAGCCUCAACAAGUUCAUGAGAUGUAUGCGUGAUUUUGGUUUUAAGGGAGAUUCUGAGAUGCGGUCUGCUUCGUGUGUAUUUUUGAGCUAAGCAUAGUUUUAAGCAUAUUAGUUUUGGCGGGCGUCGGUAUAGGGGCCAAAAGAGCAUGUUUUGUUGCAUUAAAGGGUCGGGUGUAGGGAAAGUUAUACCUGAACGCUUCUUAGACGGUGUUCUUAGCACUGUAGAAUAUUACAAAC